CGUGCUAGUUUAAUCACAGUGUGCGGUGAGAGUUCCAAUUGUUCGGUCGCGCGUGUAUCGACUGCUCAAAAAUUAAUUCAGUACGCCGUCAAUAUUUUACAAACGUACACAAUUAGUAUAUUUUCAUAUACACCAACUAGUCUUCUACAAAUAUUAUUGUGAAUUAAUUGUUAUAUUUCUAUACCAUACAGACCUUCCGCAAUGCCGUUAUCACUCAAAUCAAUAUGGAAAGGAAAUUCCAAACAUAAGAAAUUAUCAGAAGACAAAACUUUAGGAAUCGGACAAAACGUAGACGAUGUCACAGCUAUCACCGCCGCAGCAGCAGCUGAUGAAGACUUAACCACAUUCGACGUUAAAUACUUAGGAAUCACGCCAGUAGCCAGCGUAGCCGAUGCAGUUGCCGAGGCCGUCAAGACAAUUUUAGUUUUGGGUAAAGCAAGUAAAAGAAAACCACAAAACGUAACAGUGUCUUUAAAUCCACAAGGUAUAAAAGUGACUGACACUAGUGAUGAAAAAAACACAGUUUUGGAUACUCCCAUAGAGAGGAUAUCACACUACUUUACUGACCAAAAUCAAAAUAAUGUGAUUGCAUUCGUUGUCACGGCCAACGGUCAAACCAUGUCGGAAUGCCAUGCUUUUUUAUGUGCUAAGCGAAAAAUGGCGCAAAGUAUGUUCUUGUCUGUUAGUCAAAUUAUCAGCUCAAUACCUGAAGUUUGGAAAGAGUAUGCCAACAAAUCACAGAAAUUGGAAGCAAUUCAGGCAAAAAUACCCGAGGCACCAAUCGAGCACUGUGUUCAAGAAAAAUCUACGAUGUCAGCACCUCAAAAAAAUAAAGAGGUUUCACUAAUUGAUUUAUCCGGAGAACCAUUACCCAGACAACAGUAUGACACUUCUAGAUGGGUAUGCUUUGAUGAUGACAAACCAUCUAUGGAUCUAGAAAUUUUACACCAAAGACCUGAGACAUUUGCCAAUUUCUCACAUCAUUUUAAUCAAGAUCGCCAAAUGUGUUACUAAAAGAUUAUUUUUACUAAAUUAAGAUUGUUCACGAUUAGUUCGUGCGUGUGUUAUAUUAUUUUUAUGUAAUAAUUUACUACCUAAUCAUAACUAUUUUUAAAUAAUGUACUCGAUUGUUAUAUAGCAACCGCUGAACGGCUGUAGCUUCAUUUAACUAUCAAUUUAUUAAGUUUUACUCAAAGAUUUUUAAUGGCAUGUUAUAAAGCUUGCACAUAAUAUUUUUAAAAUUGAAUUUUAAUUACAUUAUAAUAUACCUAUAUUCGUUUUAGUCUAAUAGAUUUUUAUAUUAAUGCAGGCAUCGAAAAUGUUUGUCACUAAUUUUUUCUAAAUUUUCAUACCAAUUCAAAUAAAUGUUAAAUAAACAAAUAUUUUAAAACG